UAAAGCAGAAGUUGUCCCAAGUCGGGAUUACUGACUGCUCCUCUCCAGGGUCCCGGUUUCCUUGUAACCCGUCUGCUCCCUCUAAAGCCUGACUCUGCGAGGGGAGGGAUGCUCAGAGGGUUCCCCGAAGUGAGGAAGGGAGGGCUGGGGAGCAGACAGACGGCCCGGAGCCCUAAUAACGUCGGGGCAAGAUGAGCGCAGGGUUUCGGGAAGACAAACGGCGCCCCUGCUGAGUAAGAGCCAUGAACCUGUGGGUCUUGCUUCUCCUGGCUGUGGUGAACCUUGGACAAGCCACCUACAGGCCCCUGGAAAAACCUCCCUGUGAUAUGGUGGGCAUGGAGGUCCUGUGCCACAGCCGGGGGCUCCUGCAGAUUCCUGCAGUCCUCCACGCAGACAGCAAGGCCCUUGACCUGUCUCAGAACCAGCUGCACAGCAUCCUGGAGACUCCAUUGAUCUUUUACACUGCCCUCCAACGUCUAGACUUAAGCUCCAACCAGAUCAGCUUCAUCCAGCCUGGAGUCUUUGCCAGUCUGUCUCAGCUCGAGUACCUCAACCUGGCCCGAAACCUCUUGGGACGGGCAUCCCCACACAAUGUCAAUGGGGGCAUCGGGCGCCUGCCUCGAGUGACCACCCUGGACCUCUCAGGCAACGGCUUAUACAAUAGCCUGGCUGAGGCCUUCCUGAAGGAUGCCCCUGGCCUGCUCACUCUCUCCUUGGCAGAGAAUAGCCUCACCCGAAUCUCCCGCUGGACCCUACAGGGAGUCCCCGCCCUUAAAGAACUGGACCUGCAUAGCAACGUCAUCAUGGAGAUCGAGGAGGGAGCCUUCGAUGCCCUGCCCCACCUUGCCCGCCUCAACCUCUCUAUGAACUCCAUCACCUGCAUUUCUGACUUCAGCCUCCCCCAGCUGCGAUUCUUGGAUCUGAGCCGCAACAGCAUAGAGACCUUCCAGACAGACACCACGGACCAGGAGUACCAGCUGUACUGGCUUGACUUGAGAGAGAACAAACUGUCGCAGUUCCCCGACCUGCCCAGGCGCAACCAGCUCAUUUACCUGAAUGUAUCCAACAAUCUGAUCCAGAUGCACUCCCCUUCUUCCUUCAGUGAUGGGGUCCCCAGGAUGAAGGAUUGGCCCAGUGAACCCCAUCUGGCCCCUGACCCAAGUGGGAAUGAUAGCUCCAUGGCCCUCUCCCACCUCUUGUUCUUAGACCUAAGCUAUAAUGAGAUUGAGACCAUCCCAAAAGGAUUCUUGGACCCCAUGACUUCCCUGCAGUUCCUCAACCUCAGCAGAAAUUGCCUCCGCACCUUCGAGGUGCAGGGAGAGCGCUCCCUGCCCAGACUGGACAUCCUGGAUUUGAGCCACAAUGACCUUCAGGGUUUCACAGUGGGCAUCCAUGGUCUAGCCAGCCUACAGCAGCUCUACUUACAGCACAAUGCUCUGGCAGCCUUACCGCCUCUCACAUUCGCCAGCCUCCCCACGAUCCAGCGGGUGGACCUACAAAGGAACUGGCUCCAUCUCUGUGGGGCCUCACAGGCCCCGGGUGAGCCAGCUGCCUCAGGCUGCAUUGUCUUUUCCAGCAUCCCCACCCUCCGGGCCCUGAACCUGGCGGGCAACGCCAUGCAGAGGCUCCCGGCAGGUGCAUUCCUGCAAACCCCGCUGGUCACUUUGGACCUCUCGGCAAACCCAGGGUUAGAGGUCAUGCCUGGGGCUCUGACUGGACUUGAAUCCUCGUUAGAGGUGCUGCAGCUACAGGGGAAUGGCCUGGAUGCCCUUCAUGUUGACCUUCCCCGCUUCACGCGGUUGAAGCAACUCAAUCUCUCAGAAAACCAGCUGAGCUGGCUCCCUGCCUGGACCCGGGAGGCAGCCCUUGAGGAGCUGGAUCUUCGGAACAACAGUUUCAGCCACCUUGAGAGCCGUGACAUGAGUGGCCUGGAGGGGAGCCUCCGGCGCCUCCACCUGGCAGGGAAUCCGCUGGCUUGCUGCGGCAACAGCUGGCUGGCAGCUGUGAUCCAGCGGGGGAGCGUGGAUAUCGCCAGCCUCGAGGACUUGACGUGCCGACAUUCCAAGGACUUCAGCUCCCAGGAGGACGUCCCCUUCCUCCAUGUCCGCCCUGAGGACUGUGAGAAAGAGGGACUCAAGAAAAUCAACGUGCUCAUCAUCCUCAUCUUUGCCCUAGUCUUGUCCAUCCUCCUCAUUGCAUUGGCUCUUUUCUGUUGCUUCUGCCGGCAGGAGUUUAACCAGCAUUUCAAAGCCUAACCCGCCGAAGUGUUCCCAAGUCCCUGCCGCAGGGUUGUUCUUAGUUCUCGGGAAUGGAGAUAUGUGGCUUCUUUGGGGUCUUACGGACUCAAAGCUGGCAGGAACCUUAGACACCAUUUAGUCCAACCCUUCUUUGAUAGAUGGGGAAACUGAGGCUCCAAGAGGUUAAGGGACUUGGCUGAGGCCACACAGCUAGUAAAUACGGGUCUAGAUCUCCUGGGCAGUUGGACACUUACUUCCUUUUCCAAAUUAGCCAUGACCUUUAUCCAUUCAGCUAUCCAUCUGCUGACUGUGUUCAGCAAAUGUGGGGAUCCCUGAGUGUGUUUUUUACCUUUCCUCCCCAAGCAAAUCCCUGGGGCCCUUCUCCCACCAUAAUAAGACCAUUUGAAGGGACUGUAGAGGUGAUGAAGUUCAAUUCUUUCAUUCUACAGAUAAGUAAACUGAGGCCCAAGGAGGUUACUUGCCCAAGGUUACAGAGAUAAUAAGGUAUAGAGAUAGGAUUUGAACCCAAGGGCAAACAAGUCCUUUUCCCACUGUAGCACACUACCUCUAGCCUACUUGCGGUCUGGGAAGACCAAAGUCAUCUUUAGGAGAAAUCUUAAAUAAAGUCAUCCCAAGUGAAAUUAUAUACCCCUUUAAGACCAGAAAGUCACUUAGGAAAAAACCAUUUAGCAUUUGUCUCGAAGCAAAAUGUUUGUCACAACUUAUGUUAAUUCUUAUAAAUCUUACAUAUGAGAGGGAAGAGAAUUCCCCAAACUACAUUCUUCUUUGAUCUGUAAACUAACACAAAUCACCAGCUGAGGUCAUUGCUAGAUAGUCCAAUAGAAGAAGAUGAUAGAAGGCGCCUCCCCCACCCCGUCAGAAAAUAUGGACUGCCAGAGACUCUAGGACACAGCAUUAGAGAUGGGAGGCACUCUGGAAAUAGCUAAGACCCAGAGAGAGGGAGUAGCUUGUCCAAGGUCGGAGAGCUGGACUAGGGCUCCUAUUUCCUCCCUCCUUGGGCAGGGCUCUUUUCCUUGUAGCCUAGAUGAAGGGCUCCCUGUCCUCAUCUCCCUCCCAAUGGAGGGGUUUCCAUUGACCACUAGUCACUUACCCCUUGCCCAUACUCCCAUAGCCAGUUUGGGGAUUCCAGAGCCAGCUUCCCCAUUCCCUCGGGCCCUGCCCCCAACAUGAAUCUACAAGCAAAGCUAAGUGAGGAGGUUGAUUGAAGAAAGCUAAAUUGUGUGUUCCACAGCCAAAUUGGUCCAAUGCCUUGCAGGUUAACAAGUAUUUUCUAUUCAUUCUCUUGCUGUAUUCAAAUAGUCCUGUGAAGAAUAUACAGAGUUUAUUGUUCCCAUUUCACAUAAGGGGAAACUGAGGCCCAUAAAAGGGAAGUGACUGGCCCAAGGCCAUUCAGUGUGAGCCAGGACAGAAAUUCAAAUCCCAGUGCCAUUUAGGGGGCAGAAAGUUCUCCAGUGUGACUGAAGCAUACACCAAGUGCUUAGGGGGAGUAGUAUGAGAUAACGUUGGAAAAGUAGCAUGGCUCCAGAUUAUGGAAGGCCUUGAAGGACAGGAAUGGAAGGCAAAGUUCAAGAACUUUAGAAUUGUCAGGGAAACUAGAAAUCAUUUAGCCUAAGGAUUCUUAACUUGGUCACUGCAGACCCCCAGGGGCCCUGGGAAUAUCUGUGAACUUGGAUAAAAUUUUGCAUCUUUAUUUUCACUAAGUUCUCACUAAAAUUUAGCAUUUCCAACUCCCUCAUUUUAAGAACGAAGGAACUGAGACCAAAAAGUGUACUUUUUCCUUGGUAGCGCCAAGGAACGAUUAAUUCCAGGUCCUAAUUAUUCCGGAUGAAUAAGCUUAUAUUCAAUAAAUAAGGAUUAAGUGGAGGUAGAUUCAGUUUAUCAGCUAUUUGGGGGUGUUGCACUGUCCUUUUUCUAUUGCUAAAAUUAAGGGUCAAUAUAGAUUGUCACGCACCCCCAUCUGUUGUUUCUUCCCACUCCAGCGUCUACUGCAGUAGCUUAGCUAUUGUACCCUUAAUUCUUGCCCCUGACAAUCAGUAAAUCAUGGCAGAGUUUUGAGUCAGGGACUUGGGGGGUGAGGGUGGGAAUUGCCACUUUCAACAGCUGCCUUGGCCAUCUAGGGUGACUCCUAUCCUCCAGGCAGGACUAGGAGUUCCAGUGCUGCUGCUGGUGGAUGUGCGAGGCCAAGCCAAGUAGAAACUCUUCUGUUCUUACUAAGCUCCCUAAACUGGGGGUGAUGGAAAUUGGCAGGCAUCUGAGUGUCAGGCAGCGUUGGCUGGCUCUGAAAGUAGUUAGGGGCAGCAAGCGGGGCACGGGGGCGGGAUUAGAAACAUUUGGUGUUCAAGUGGAAUGUAGGCAGAGAGCUUGAUUUGAAGGGGGAAACGUCUAAACAGUGUUUUCCCCGACCCGUCUCCCUUUCUCUUUCUGUUAUAGAUGCGACCGUUCCUUUCUUUAUGUCUUUCAUUACUGUCUCUGUCUCUCUAUUUCCUUGUCUCUCUGCAUGUAUAUCUGUCUCUAUCUCUUCCUGUCUCCCUUUCUCUCUCUCUUUCUCUCCUUCCAUUUCUAUAUAUCUGCCUUUCUUCUAUCAUUCCCUCUUCAUUCUCUCUUCCUUUCCCACCAUUCUGACUCUGUCCCUCUCCUCUCUUGGUCUCCUCCUCCUUUCCUCU